AUGCCUUACUAUGCAGUGGCUAGCGGUCGUUCGACUGGAGUUUAUGACAAUUGGGAGGAUUGCAAAGAUCAGGUUCAUGGAUAUUCCCAUAACAAAUUUAAGAAGUUUGAUACACUAGAUCAAGCUUGGGACUUUGUUGACCAAUAUUCUUCAAAUGCUGGACAGUUUAAAACUAACAGUAAAGCUAUAGCUUAUCGAGAUAACAAUCAAAUUGCACUAAGAAAUUACCGUGGUGAAGUUACCGGCUAUCAACGUACUAAUUACACGAAAGGAAGAAACAUUGUUAUCGUACGCGAACGUCUUUACAGGAGUGACAAAAAUGGAUAUUUUGUCGAAAAAGGCACACGUACUUACUGGAAAGAUAAUAAUUAA